GUGCUGUUUGCCCUGAACCAGACCCUCCUGCAGCAUGAGAGUGUACGGGCUGGAAGUCUGCAGGCACCCUACACCACAGAGGACCUCAUCAAGCACUACAACUGUGGGGACCUCAACGCUGUCAUCUUCAACCAUGACACAUCACAGCUGCCCAACUUCAUCAACACCACCCUCCCACCACAUGAGCAGGUGACCGCCCAGGAGAUCGACAGCUAUUUCCGCCAGGAGCUCAUCUACAAGAGGAACGAGCGCAUGGGGAGGAGGGUAAUGACACUGCUGCAGGAGAACGAGGACAAGAUCUGCUUCUUUGCCUUCGGAGCAGGUCACUUUUUGGGGAACAACACUGUCAUUGAUGUCCUGCGGCAGGCAGGGCUGGAGGUGGACCACACACCAGCCGGGCAGGCCAUCCAUAGCCCUGCUGCUGCAAGCCCAGCACCCGCUCCUGAAGGAACCUCUGCCAGCCCAGCUCCAGCAACCCCAGCUGCCAUCCCCACAGCACUCUCUGCGACUCCUACUGCCCCACCUGAGGAGGAGGAUCCAGCCCUAUCCCCGCAUCUCCUGCUCCCUGACAGCCUCAGCCAGCUGGAAGAGUUUGGACGGCAGAAGAAGUGGCAUAAGAGGCAGAACAAACACCAGCGGCCUCGGCAGUUCAAUGACCUCUGGGUUCGAAUUGAGGACAGCACCACCAUCUCACCACCUCCACUGCCCCUCCAACCCACCCCCAGCUCCAGGACUGCCAAGCCCCCCUUCUCAGACCAGCUACAACAGCAGGACCUCCCAGGCUCUGCCAGCAGCUCAGCAUCUACCCUGGACCUCCUCCCCGCCAUCACUGCCACCAUUGCUGCACCAUUCCUGCUGCAUACCCUGGGACCCUCUUGA